UCUGUCAGCUGCGUAGGUCGACAAGUUCACAGCAGUUGUGCUGUUCGAAUCAAACUGAUUUGAGCGCUUGUACAGUAGCUAUUAUAAGAAAGCGAUUAGGCUACUUUGGAUUACAAUAUGGCAGUUUACAAAUACCCCGUUUUCUUCGAGGUUCACAGUCUGGAUCCAGCACAGAAAGAGAAGAUAGAAAAGUACUUUCAGGUUCGCCGUAAAUCUGGUGGUGGAGACUGCGGACCGAUACACAAUGUUGGUGACAACGUUUACAAGAUCGCAUUUAUUGACCAGGGUACUUCAGAAACCUAAUCAUGUGUUGGAGAUGCCUGGAGGAUCUCUCUCCCUCACUCUGAGAGACAGCCUGGAGACUCCACCCACAACAACCUCCCCAGUCAGCAGUCAGAGUCACCAGUCCCUCCCAUUCCAUCCCUCCCUCCCUGUCCAGACAUCGCCACCUGGUGGCCUAGAGCAUGAACUCCAUCUAGACUCCUACCUCCUGAGAUACCUGAAGGAGAGCCCUGGGGCUGGAAGAGACCUGCAGCAGCAGCUGUCCUCUCUGGGCUGCUCUGUCCACCUCUACCCAGAGGAUGGGAGGGCAGUGGUCAAAGAUUCAGACCAUCCUGGGUUAUGUGGAGUCGGGGUUGGGGUGGAUCCAUGGAAGGUACAGGUAGAGAAACUGUUCAAACAUCUCCAGGAUCGGUACAAAUGCCACUAUGAGUUAGACCCACGUAAGCUCCAGACUCUGCUGCAGAGCAGUACCCUGGGUUCGGAGGAUGUGAGGGUUUACUGCGAGGCAGGGGAAGGGUUUGCAGUGGUGGUUGGGGAGGGGGCCAAGGUCCAGGCCAAGCUGAAGGAGCUGGAGGUCUUCCAGUCUCAGGGUCUGAGCUCCAUGAAGCAGGAGAAGAUCAGCACCACCUGUCAACUUGGACAGUCCAAGCUCAGUCUUCUAGGGAAAGUGAUAGAAAAGGAUCUAGGUGAGGCUGUUCCAGGGGUGAAGGUGACGCACAGUGAUUCAUCUCAGCUGGUGCUGGAGGGUUCAGCAAGGGAAGUCUGGACAGCCAGACAGUUGGUUACAGAUAAAAUCUCUCUGGUGCUGGAGCGGAUGGUGCCUGAGGUGUCCCUCCACCUCCUGUCCUUCCUGAGGGAGGAGUAUGGGAGGCCUGGGACCCUGAGCAGUCUGCUGGGGUUGGGACUCCAUGUGGAGGUAGAGCUGGGGGAUACAGAGCUCCGUCUGUUCUCCCUCUCCUCUGGGGAACUGGACCAGGCUGAGAGGGAUCUACUGGGGGAGUUUGGGGAGGAGAAGAUUGACGUGCCCAAAGGUGCCUUCCAGGCUGAACUGAAGUCCAAACUUGAGAAUAAGGUGAAGGAGAUGAACCAGAGCAGACGCAGGGUGGUAGCCAGGUUUGGUCCUGGGUGUAGAGUGCAGCUGCUGGGCCACCUGAAGCAGGUUCAGGAGCUGAGGGAGGAGAUUGGGGCCUUUCUGAGAAACCAGUCCAGUGUAAGAGUCUUGGGACGCCCUCAACAGAACCAUGAUGGCGCAGUCGAAUCAGGCGCCGGACCAAGACGUGAGGAGACGGUCACAGCCACCAGCUAUCGCCUCCAGGGGGGGCUGCAGGUAGUGGUUAGUCAGGGUGACAUCACCAAGGAACGGGCAGACGCACUGGUGAACGCAGCCAAUGAGGACCUUGAUCAUGCUGGGGGCGUGGCUGCAGCUCUGAGCCAGGCGGGGGGGCCUGAGGUACAGCAGGCCAGCAGGGAUCUGGUUAGGCAGAUAGGGAGAGUACCCACAGGUACAGUGGUAGAGACUACAGGAGGUAAGUUGCCUUGUAAGAUGCUGCUGCAUGCAGUGGGACCAGUAGGUGGCAGCGUCAGUGGAAAUGAGCGCCCUUUGCUGGAGAAGACAGUAAAGGCAGCCCUGGAUCUGGCAGAGACUAUGGAGCUCCAGACCCUGGCCAUGCCCUGCAUCAGCUCAGGGAUAUUCGGCGUUCCUCUGAAGGUGUGUUCUGAGGCCAUAGUCUCUGCAGUGAGGGACUUUGGGAGGAAACAGCACAUCCUUACCAAGGUCACUCUGAUUGAUUUGAGUGGAGAGGCAGUGAGAGCCAUGCAGGAGGCCUGUGAUAGGCUGUUACAGGGGAAGAGGGAGUUUCCUGGGUGGGAGGUAGAGUCCAGCACCACCACUACCACUACACAUGCUCCUCAGAGAGAUACCACUGCUGCCUCCGCCAGGGGAACAGCCACUCCAGAGGUCUGUGUCCAGGUGGAGAUCAUCCAGGGAACCAUAGAGAAACAGCAGGUGGAUGCCCUGGUGUCCCCCAUGGUUGGUAGUGACCCUCUCUCCUCCCGUGUUGGUAAUGUCUUGUCUGAGGCAGCUGGACCGGCGCUGAUGACAGCGUUUCUGAGGGAAUCAGGGGGACGGACUGCACCUGGUGACAACAUUCUGGUGGAGGGACUGUCUGGUCUCAGCUCUGGCCGUGUCUUCUUCCUCAGAUGUGCACACUGGGACAACAACCCCCAAGGACCAGCAGUACAGGCUCUGAGGCAGGGUGUGAGGAAAAUCCUGACCUCUUGUGAGAUCCGGGGCUUCUGUUCCAUUGCGUUCCCUGUAGUUGGAACUGGUGUGGUUCUGCAGUUCCCUCACAACGUGGCAACGCAGGUUCUGCUAGAAGAGAUCCAUAGGUAUGAACAGAACCGAGUUAGCAGAACCCCCUUCCUUGUCCGCAUUGUCGUCCAUCCCAAUGACAGAGAUUCUACCAAGGCUUUUCAGACUGCCCAGAAUGCUUUGCAUCUCACAGGGUUCGUAUUCGGCGCUCAACCAGCGCAAGACAUCAGGAUUGUGUUGCUGGGGAAAACCGGAGGAGGUAAAAGCAGUGCUGGAAACACCAUCUUCGACACAGAUUAUGUGUUCCUCUCAGACAGUUCCUCCAUCUCCGCAACACAGAUAUGUGAAGCUCAUACCAAGAACAUCAAAGGGAGAAACAUCACCGUGAUUGACACACCUGGAUUCUUUGACACUGACAUCCCUGAAGAGGAGCUGAAACCUAAAAUAGUUAAAUGUAUAACAGAGUGUGCUCCAGGGCCGCAUGCCUUUCUCAUCGUACUGAAAGUGGAACGGUACACAGUCYACGAGAACGAAGCCGURGYRAAAAUCGAGACUUAUUUUUCACCAGAGGCCUUCAAAUAUGCCACAGUCCUCUUCACUCAUGGUGACCAGCUCAAUGGUUUGACCAUUGAGAAGUUUGUCCAACAGAAUGCUGAACUGAACAAGCUUGUGGAGAAAUGUGGAGGCCGAUGUCACGUCAUCGACAACAAAUACUGGAACACCAAUCAGCAGGGUCAGUACAGCAACCAGUACCAAGUAGCAGAGUUACUCAACACCAUAGAGAAGAUGGUGAGAGAGAACGGAGGAGGGUUCUACACCAGUGAGAUGCUCCAAGAGGCAGAGAGAUUAAUACAAGCUGAGAUAGAGCGUCUUAGAGAGUUAAACAGCCAGAUGUCAGAGGAAGAGAUGGGAAAACAUGUUAAAGAAAGUGUGUGGAAGAAACUCCUGAUCAAAUUCUCAGGUAUACUGUACCAACAGGUGUAGUGCAGUGGCGGUCAGUGCCGUUUAAGAUGAGGGAGGACGAUUAUUUUUCAUGAGCAUUUCCUUAUUUCUAUUAGAGCAUAUUGGAUGACUGUCAUUCAUAUUCCAUUCACCCUGUUCAAUGUAACAGCGAUAGGUUUAGGCUACUA